CGCGGAGUUGUUCGUCCCUCAGUUGGGAGGAGCGCAGCGCGUUCUGGUCCUCGCCCGGCGGCCCGCAGCCUCCACCGCAGCGCCAUGGCUCCUCGGAAGGGCCGGGGGAGCAGUCGCGGGGCCAAGACCAACACUCUCCGGAGCAGGAAGCUCGCCUCCUUCCUCAAGGACUUCGACCGGGAAGUGCAAGUACGAGUCAAGCAAAUCGAGUCGGACCGCCAGAACCUCCUCAAGGAGGUGGAGAACCUGUACAACAUCGAGAUCCUGCGGCUCCCCAGGGCUCUGCGGGAGAUGAACUGGCUUGACUACUUCGCCCUCGGAGGAAACAAGCAGGCCCUGGAAGAGGCAGCAACUGCUGACUUGGAUAUCACAGAAAUAAACAAAUUAACAGCAGAAGCUAUUAAGACGCCUCUAAAAUCUGCCAAAAAACAAAAGGUAAUACAAGUGGAUGAAAUGAUAGUGGAAGAAGAAGAAGAGGAAAAUAAACAAAAGAGUCUUCGAUCUACACGAGUCAAAAGAUGUCCUCCUUCCAAGAAGAGAACCCAGUCUAUACAAGGAAGAGGCAAGAGCAAAAGAUUGAGCCGUGACAACAUUGUUACCCCAGCUGUGAGCAGACUAGAGUUGUCUAUGGUGAAACCAACCCCAGGCAUGACGCCCAGGUUUGACUCCAGGGUCUUCAAGACCCCAGGCCUGCGCAUUCCAGCAUCCAGAGAGCAGAUUUACAAUGUGUCCGUCAAUGGCAGCCCUCUCGCUGACAGCAAAGAGAUCUCCCUCACCGUGCCCAUAGGCGGUGGUGCGAGCAUGCGGUUGUUGGCCAGUGACCUGCAGAGGAUGGACAUUGCACAGCUGGACCCUGAGGCCUUAGGAAACAUUAAGAAACUCUCGAGCCGUCUUGCCCAAAUCUGUAGCAGCAUACGGACCCACAAGUGAGACGAAGCAGAGUGGGACGGGUGACAGCAGCGGCCUUGGCGGCAGGAAACCACCUUUUCCUCCUGUGGAGGUGCAUCAGGGCGUUGGACUCUCACCUGCUGUCCUGUCAUGCCCAGAGAUUCUGGUCAAGCUGCCUAGUGUUUGUGUUUCUCAGUUUAUCAAAGACCAGAAAUUGGUUUUGGAGGUGACUCUCUUGUCCUGCACUUGCACCUGUGUAGUAGUUAGUGGGGAUUUGGAUAAGGAGACAGUGGAGGACUUCAUGUGACUGGUGUGGGUCCAUAGACUGCAGAGCCUUUCUCUCCUGAGGGAAUCUUGAGAAAGGCAAGUGCAACUUGUCAGGUGACCUUGUUCUACCUACUUGGCCUGUGUGCAGGGAGGAGGGGCAGCAGUGGGACCCCUGUGUUCUAGCAGCUUCCCUUUCUCCAAUGAGUCAUGAACAGCAUUCCAAGGGGGUGGAAGCUGGCGUGCUCUGUGUAGGCUUGGGACACAGCUUUCCCAUGUGUGGCUCUUUGUUACAUUGUGUGCUGUAACUCGGUGCCCUGCAAGCUGAAAAGUCUUCUCUUCCUGAGGCUUUUAUACAUACUGUUUUCUUGAGCGGUGGUAGCUCUCAGCUGAUUUGUUUUACUAAAAGAUCCUUGUUUUCAAUAAAUUUGGUUUGGUUUUUAA